AUGGAGGAACAUGAUGACUCUUCUCGAUGCGAAAUUGAGAAUACACCACUGCUAGCUGUCCGAUGCGAAAUUAAGAAUACAACGCCGCUAGAUGUGGAACUAAAUAAAGACGAAAGGAUUGGAGUAUCAUCGCUAGCGGAACCUGAUCUUAAUAGCAAAUACAAAGCAGAUGAUGACAAUGAAAUAAAACCAGUAGACCCUAAGGAAACUGAAAAACAAACUGCUGUGGUGUAUCCAUAUGAUGAAACAAAGAGCAAUGGUUGCAAAGAGGUUGGACACAAGGAUGCUAUAUUACGACAUAUAACAAAGGAACAUUUUCAGGGAACUGGAGUCUAUGAGAAUAAAGAGGAACAGGGAUCGGAAAUCAAAACAAAAGAAAACCAGAUAUGUCUAAGAUCAGAGGACCAAUCGUUAUCUUCCAUGGAUCCAGAUAAAGGUACCUCUGAAUUGCAAAUUAUUGACUGGACAAAAGUUUUCUUACAAUUAUCAAGAUCGUUUUCCCCAACACACUGGAAAUUGUUUGCAUUAGAAUUACUCAGCAAUUGUCAGGAGAUGGCUAGAAGCGUUGAUAAAACAGUUAAUGAAAUUGAGCUUGAAGCAAGGAAUCAGCAUACAGAAGGUUGGGUCUUUCAUGCGUAUUUUAAAGUAUUCAAUAAAUGGCUUAACAAUCUUGGAAGCACAAGAGCAACCUUUGAACAUAUCAAAGAUGCUGCUACAAAUGCAUUUGAUUCAGUAGAGGAUAAAAACCGGAUUGAUUCUAUCAAAAGGAACCCCCCUAUGAAAGUGGCAACGCCAAUGUGUCCCCCUUUAGAACCUUGCAAAUUAGAUCGAACAUUUGGGAGCAACUAUGGACAUUCUCAACAGUAUAUGGCCUUACAUGAUAAUGAAGCACAAGGCAACUCUAAUUGCGAACGAGGAAUAUAUGUCAGUUCGAUUCAAACUCGUAGUUACCAAAUGGCUCAUUGUCCGUACUGUUCUAGGUAUACUACAAACGAAAUAUCAAAUCAGGAGAAUACUUUAGUACGAUUAAACAAAAACAGUAUUGAAACUAAAUACAAUGAUAUUGACGAACGAGAGCAAAUAGGAAAACGAAAGAAAGACCAACCAACUACUCAGCAAAAUAAACGGAUAGCAAAUGAUAAGUAUAUUGUGGAAAAUGCCAAACAAAAUCUGCUUUUUGAUAUCAUGCCAAUUCGUCAAAAUGAUUAUGACAUGUUUAUGGAUUUUGUUAUAGACCUUAUUUCAAACGAAUGUCAUGUAAGCCAAGAAGCAGUAUUGUCCAUUACAUACAAAGGUUUCUGUAAAGCCCACCAAACAAAAACAAAGGAAAAUGAAACCUUAUAUAUAAUAAAAUCGGGAAAGACAAGUCUCUGUAUUGGAAAAGAGGUAUUCGAGGAUUUAGCUGUUUACGGUAAUAUCGCAAGACCCAAACUGCUGAAAUAUCUGGAGGAAAAGAAUAUUGACUGUGAUAACUCCACGUUAUUGUUCAUCAAAUUUGAACAAAUGAAAAAUAAAGAUGUUAAAAGCGUUAGGAGCGAUGCUGAAAAAGAAAAUAAUGCUGAGCAAAAUUUCCAAGUUAAUGGUCAAAAUGGAUUAUGCCCUGACAUGAACGAAUCUGAAGAACCAUUUAGCAUCAAAACAAGUCUCAAACAAAACUCCUCUGGUCAGUUAUUUGAACCUGAAGAAAAGGUAGGGACAACACAGGUUGAACAUGGACAGAAAGAAUUAGACAACAAAGCAAAGAGUGAACAAGAAACUGUGACAAAUAACGGGAAAGAUGACAAAGAUGCAGGCAUAGAAAAGGAAUUAGAAAGCAUUAAAGAAUCGUUUUUCCCGGAUGGUGAUGAAACAUAUGAUUUACCGACUGCAGAUAAUGUAGCCGAUAUAUUGAAUAAUUUUAUGGAUCAGGACUAA